GGGGUAUAUAAAGAGCUGAAUUGAUUUUGCUGCUGCUGCUGCUGGUCAUUUUAUUCACUUUAAUCAAAAAAAAGCAGGUAAAAAAAUGUAUCAUUCUUCAUUUUAUCAGAUUACUUUAUUUAUGAUAAGCUUGUGGACAAUCACAGAUUCAUGGCCAAUUAUGUCAUCUAGAUAUGAAAAAUAUCCGGAAAAACGAUAUCCAGAAAUGAUUUUCGACAACUAUAAUCAAAAAAAUCAAUAUUAUCAACCAAAUUUUGAUAGAUCAUCAAGAAUAAAUAAAAGAAAAUUUCAUGAACAAGAAUAUGAAUUGUUGGAUCAAGCUGAUGAUGAUGAUCAAACUGGUGAAAGUUAUUUAAAUCGUCCAAUUUAUAAUGAAAAUCUAAAAAAUUGGUUUGAACCAGAAGCUGAAUCAAUUGAUUCAAGUAAAAUUUCAAAAGAUUUAAUUAAUGUUAGAUUUAUGAGAUUAAUAAAUAAAGAUGAUUGA